UCUUUCUCAACUCCAUCUUUGUGGUAGCAGCUGUGGUUCCCGUGGUUCAGUCACCGAAAUGCAGCUCUUUGUCCAUGUCCAGGAGCUGCACACCCUCGAGGUGACCGGCCAGGAGACAGUUGUCCAGAUCAAGGCUCAUGUGGCCUCACUGGAGGGCGUCAUUCCAGAAGAUCAAGCCGUGCUCCUGGCAGGCACGCCCCUGAAGGAUGAGGCUACCGAAGGUCAGUGUGGAGUGAAGGCUCUGACCUUCCUGGAAGUAGCCAGCCGCAUGCUUGUAGGUAAAGUCCACAGUUCCCUGGCCUGUACUGGGAAAGUAAGAGGGCAGAUUCCCAAGGUGUCCAAACAGGAGAAAAAGAAGACAGGCCAAGUCGAGCGGGAGAAGCAGUACAACUGGCACUUUGUCAAGGUCGUGCCCACUUUUGGCAAGAAGAAGGGCCGAAAUGCCAACUCUUAAAUCCAUUGUAAUCUUAACUCUCCACAGUAUAGCCACUUAGUUCA